CGAUUGGUCGGUGGCCAUAGCGCCAUCUCGGCAUAGCGCCGCCGAUUGGCCGGCGCCGCUGAGGCACGGGCGCGCGGUGCCCGCGGGGCGGCGGCGGCCGUUACUCAUUAGCAUGGCGGCGGGGCCGCCCCUCCCGCGGGCCGCCCUCGCCAUUCGCGCCUGUUGCCCCGGGUUCCCUCCCGCACCCCCCAUUCCUGCCGCGAGGCGCCGCCGGGGGCCGGGACCGGCUCAAAGAGGGAGGCAGCGGCACCGCAUCUUCUCUCCGUGAGGCGGCUGCGGGGUGCCGUGGUGCGGGCAGGUAGAGCAGAGCACGGCCGCACCCCCCUGGGCGUGCACCGUCCUACCCCCGCCCCGCGUCGGCGCCGCUGCCUCAUCACCGGGCGUGAGGGCUCCGGCAGCAUCGCCGCCGCCAGCGGAGGAGAGUCCCGGCACGGAGUGGGACUGGGCACGGCGGAGGGGUGACCGGGGGCGGUGAGACGAGCUCCAGCUCCUCUGGCGUCGCGUGUCCGGGAGGGGAUUCUUGAGAAGACGUUUUGUAUAUUGUUUUUUUUUCGAUUUCGGAACCUCUGUCCAGGCUCCUGUGGCAGCCUGGCGAGGUGGGGCUUGUUACUCUUCUGGGGCUCCUUGUUUUUCCAUUGGAAUCUCCCCACCUUCCAGUGAAAAGGAAAUCGUCUCUUUUCUAUAGAUAACAUUUUUUCAUCCCUUCCACGAAACCUUAUUUUCGGCAGCAUCCAUCUGCAGCGAAGCUUUGGAGCAACAGCCGAGGUCAGUGACCUUCAUGAUGUGGACCUUUCUGGGUAUCGCCUCCUUCAUUUACGUGUAUAAAAAGUGUGGAGACCUCAUGACUUACGCUAAUAAGGAGGUGCUGCUCUCCGUGCUGGUGUUUUUCUCGCUCGGCUUGGUGCUGUCGUACAGGUACCACUUCAGGGGGCCCAGGCAGCGGCACCAGCAGAAGCAGAAGUCGCACCUGGGGGUGCUCUCUGAUGUGCUCUCAGCUUUGCCUCUGGUUGGCUUCUUCUGGGCCAAACCCACCCCGGCGUCUCAACAAGUUGAGCAACCCAAGUCCAGAAAGGGUAAAAAAGAAGUGAACUUCUCAGAUGUAUAUCUGACAGACACCGCUCCAAAUACAACAUUGUCACCCCAAUAUGAUCCAGAAAUUAUCAUUGUGGGAUCAGGUGUUCUUGGUUCUUCCUUGGCCACGGUGCUUUCAAGAGAUGGAAGGAAGGUGACAGUGAUAGAGAGGGAUCUGAAAGAACCUGACAGGAUAGUUGGAGAAUUGCUGCAGCCUGGAGGAUUUAAUGCUCUUCGAGACUUGGGUCUUGAAGAUACAGUAGAAGGUAUUGAUUCACAAAUAGUAAAUGGUUACAUAAUUCACGAUCUAGAGAGCAAGUUGGAGGUUGAGAUUCCUUAUCCAACAUCUGAAGACGGACGUGUGGCCAGUGGAAGAUCUUUUCAUCAUGGCCAGUUUAUCAUGGGUCUCCGAAGGGCAGCUAUGGCAGAGCCCAAUGCAAAAUUCAUCGAAGGGACUGUGUUACAGUUACUUGAGGAAGAUGACUGUGUUGUGGGCGUUCAGUACAAGGACAAAGAAACUGGUGACACUAAGGAACUUCAUGCUCCACUUACAGUUGUAGCUGAUGGACUUUUCUCCAAAUUCAGGAAAAACUUGGUGUCCAGCAAAGUUACUGUUUCAUCCCAUUUUGUUGGUUGCAUUUUGAAGGACGCAUCACAGUUUAAAGCUAAUUAUGCUGAACUUGUUUUAGCUAAAACAAGUCCAGUGCUAAUCUAUAAGAUUUCUUCAACUGAAACUCGGGUCCUUGUUGAUAUUCGAGGGGAAAUGCCAAAAAAUUUAAAAGAGUACAUGAUUGAGACCAUUCAUCCACAACUACCUGAUCACUUAAAGGAACCAUUCUUAAUAGCAGUUCAGAAUGAUCGCUUAAGGACUAUGCCAGCCAGCUUCUUGCCUCCUUCAGCUGUAAACAAGAAAGGUGUUCUUCUUUUAGGAGAUGCCUAUAAUAUAAGACAUCCUCUAACUGGUGGAGGAAUGAGUGUUAUUUUAAAUGAUGUUAAAAUAUGGAGAAGUUUGCUCCAGGAUAUCCCAGACCUUUAUGAAGAUUCUGAUGUUCUUAAGGCAAAAAGAACAUUUUACUGGUCAAGAAAAAAAUCUCAUUCUUUUGUAGUGAAUGUUCUUGCCCAGGCACUUUAUGAGCUCUUUGCUGCCACAGAUGAUUCCUUGCACCAGCUAAAGAAAGCCUGUUUCCAUUACUUCAGACUUGGAGGAGAAUGUGUCGCGGGUCCCGUUGGAUUGCUCUCAGUGUUAUCUCCUAAACCAAUGGUACUGAUUGGCCAUUUCUUUGCUGUGGCCUUGUAUGCUGUUUAUUUUUGCUUUAAGUCAGAGUCCUGGAUCACCACACCUCGAGCAGUUUUCAGUAGUGGAGCUAUUCUUUACCGCAGCUGCUCUAUAAUAUUUCCACUUAUUUACUCUGAAAUGAAGUAUUUAGUCUAUUAAAAUCCAGGGUAAAAUGACUGGAGGAAGAAAGCAUGAAAAUCACAAGGCCUUCAAAAUCUUUGGACAUGUACUAUUUAAUAUUGUAUUAUGUUCUCCUCAAAAUGCAAUUUCCUUGAUAAGGUUUUAACUUAAUUUUGGUUUUGUGGUUAUAUACAUAUAUAUUAUAUGUAAAUAUUCUUUUCUUUGCAAUUUAAGUUCAAAAAGGAGUUAGCUGUUUACAAGGACCAUAAUUAAGUGUUGACGUGGUAGAUAAUUGCCAGUUUUGACAGAAUUUCUUUCCUUGCUUUAUGCAUUGCUGAGUGCAUCACUAAUAUUAAUAAACUGAGAAGUGAAAACUGUAAACCAUAUGCUGCUAUUAUCCUUCAUGCUUUUUUCUGUUCAGUAGUUCCAUAGACUCUAUAACUGUGAAAUAUUGUAACAUUCUUGAUUUGGUUAUUUCAUUAGGAUUUGCAUCUGUUCUGUUUCAGUUGUAGCUAAUAUACUGGUUUGUUGACACUUAAAAGGACACUGUAAAGGAUGUCAGAUCUUGAUGUGUCACUAUACCUUUAAUUUCAGUUACUGUUGCAAGUGCCAUGUUGCUCUUCUGAAUUCCUUCUUUACACCAGAAUUCAUUUUAACAAGUAGUAACCAAAUCUUUGCUUUGUUGGCUGCUGCAAUGCACUCAGGUAGUGAAAGCACAUGUUUUUGAAAAUUUCUUCCUAUCUCAUUUCCUUUCAAAACCUUGAAAGUUUGGGGUUGUUAUGCUUGGUGUGUGUGCAACUGAAGUUUAACACUGCCAUGAACUGAAGCACAGCAACAAACUGUAUCCACUGAAACAAAUUAAGUCCAGGCUAUUUCCAGUAGACAGUAAUCUUUAAUAUUACUUCUGAAAAUUAAUGAAAAGCACCAUGAAAGUGUCCUUUUAAUACUUGGAGUGUGGUGGGAUUAUUUUUCCUGUAGGAAUUACUGCAUGCUACUAAAGAGUUCAUGUCUAUUCCUAUUGGUCACUAUUCCUCUCAAUGUUAUCAGUGUGAUUUCCAUUGCUCUUGUGCAUCUGCACUUUCUGUACCUUUCUUAUGAUUUGUCUGGGUAUAACUGUAUGGCUCUGCUCUUUUGGCUUGCCUAAACAAUCACAUGUGAGUGCAGCCAGCGGUCUGGAGAGUAGUAACAGGUUUUUAUUCUUCUGUACUGGUGAAACUGUGACUCUACCUUGAAAAUGACAGAUUGCAUAAGCUGUGUAUAAACAUCCACUUUAUCUUGGACUGUGAAAAAAAUCUGUGGAGAGACUUUAUUUAGUAUUUUAUUUGAUGGGUAUUUCAAAUGACCUUUUCUUUUCCAGAAGCAAAAGUAUGUAUAUUUUUCUAACCAUGAUCACUUUUGAUACCCUCUUGAAAUUACAGUCAUCAUGAAUACGUCUAUGUUGAAACUUUAGGGUAAAGAACUAAUAUUUUCAAAUAUCAUUAUAUAUGGUAACUAAAUUAUGCCCCUUUAAGGGUACACAAAGUUUGCAGGAUUUAUACAAGUGUUUUCAAAAUUUGUGACAAUUUUGAAAAUAUUGAUUAAUUUUACAUUUUUUAUUUUUUUAUAUUAUUUGCAGUCGGUCUCUUUAAAAUCAUGGAUAAAAAGUCCUGAGCCUCAGCUUACGUAAAUAAAAAGUUAUUAUAUCUGUA